UGCCAAACUGUGAACUGUUAUGGGAUCACAAUUUGCGGCGUCAAGUAUCUAAUAUAUCAUUAUUUUCGGCACAGAACAAUGCGAGAACCAAAUGUUUUUGAGCAAUAUUAUAUUUGCCUAACUGCACAAAAGCAUCUAGGCAAAUAUCUAAAUUAUUAUUUAGAAAACACAUUUGGCUAACACUUGGUAAGGUAUAAAAGGAGCUAAAUCUGUCAAUUUCGCCAACAGUUAAAGUGGAGAUCUGGCUAUUGGUAGAUCAUGCGGUUAUAUUCUAUCGCUCUUUUGGGCGUAUUCGUGGCAUUCGUGGCCGGUGCUCAUAUCCAUGCCGGAACAGAAGUGAGCUCAUCUCAGGAGCUACAGCCCCAAACGGCAACUCGUACCGGUCCGUGUUGUGAAAGUGUUCGACAAACUCUUCUUGAGAUACGAAAGGAUAUUCGUUUGUGGCUCUUAGAUCGUCUAUUUGGCAAAUUAAUACUUGUUCACGACGCUGAAAUUGCCGGAGCUGCUCCAUGUGCUAAAAAUCACCAAACCUCCGGUCAAAGUAGUGGAUCCUUGCAAUUUGAUAAAAUUCUUAACGAUAUUAAAAGCGCAAUGCCUCACAAUGAGAGAACUUCCAAUCGGUUUGAUAAUCUGAUUAGUCGUGGAAAGAAUAAUCAAUCGAGCUCAACAACAUCAGCGACCACCUCAAUAAAAACUGAAUCCUCCGAGUCAUCGGGAUCUCAAUCUGGAAAUUUGAUCGGUAAUGGCAAUACCCACCAAUCAGGAACCUCUACGACAACAAGAUCUGAUCAGGCUACACAAUCUGGAUCAUCAGAAGAUCCAAUUAUAAAUGAAAAUAACAACUCCAAACAAUCCAACUCAACAACUACUAUUACAACUUCAGAAGAAUCGAAGCAGUCUAUUCCAUCCUUGGAUCUUAAUGUAAACGAAGGUUUUAGCUCGGACGAUAAAAAUAGUCAAUCUAGCUCUUCCUCAUCAACUACAACGGUUGUUAAAUCCAGUCGCCGUAAUAAGAGUGGUCGCAGGAAAAAUUCGAAACAUGGCAAAAAAGGGUGGAAAAAUUGGCACCGUUCCUCUACUAAGAGAGAUGGGUAUUCAAAAGAAAUUGAUUCCAAACAAAAUCCCAAUCAAUCCGAUGUAGAUAUUGAAAAUGCAGAUUCCAAUUCCUAUUUAACAUGGGAAAAAGAAGAUGUCAAAUAUGGUAAUAAAUUUAAAUUUCCAUCGUCUGAAAAACACGCUAAUUAUAGAAAUGGGCGUCGAAGCAGAAAUAAAAAAUGGUCCAAGACAACAAAAACUACAAAAAAUUCUGGAUGGAAAAAAAACAAAUCCAAAUCUGGCUCGACUUCUGGUACAACAUCCAUAACAAAGUCUGAAAGACCUAAUAAUACCGGAAAUCAGUCUGGCUCGACAACAACUACAACGACAACCACCUCUCAAGAAUCCAAUGCUUCUUCGGAUCCUGUCGUGGAUGUAACUUCAAACACCGGAAACCAGUCUGGCUCGACAACAACUUCGACGACAACCACCUCUGAAGAAUCGAAUGUGUCCUCAGGCCCAGUUGUUGAAGAAUCUUCAAAUACCGCCGUUGAUUCAGGUAACCAGUCUGGCUCGACAACAACCACAACGACAACCACCUCUGCAGAAUCCAAUGCUUCUUCGGAUCCUGUCGUGGAUGUAACUUCAAACACCGGAAACCAGUCUGGCUCGACAACAACUUCGACGACAACCACCUCUGAAGAAUCGAAUGUGUCCUCAGGCCCAGUUGUUGAAGAAUCUUCAAAUACCGCCGUUGAUUCAGGUAACCAGUCUGGCUCGACAACAACCACAACGACAACCACCUCUGAAGAAUCCAAUGCUUCCUCGGAUCCUGUUGCGGAUGUAACUUCAAACACCGGAAACCAGUCUGGCUCGACAACAACUUCGACGACAACCACCUCCGAAGAAUCCAAUACUUCCUCAGACCCAGUUGUUGAAGAAUCUUCAAAUACCGCCGUUGAUUCAGGUAACCAGUCUGGCUCGACAACAACCACAACGACAACCACCUCUGAAGAAUCCAAUGCUUCCUCGGAUCCUGUUGUGGAUGUAACUUCAAACACCGCAAACCAGUCUGGCUCGACAACAACUUCGACGACAACCACCUCUGAAGAAUCCAAUACUUCCUCAGACCCAGUUGUUGAAGAAUCUUCAAAUACCUCCGUUGAUUCAGGUAACCAGUCUGGCUCGACAACAACCACAACGACAAACACCUCUGAAGAAUCCAAUGCUUCUUCGGAUCCUGUUGUGGAUGUAACUUCAAACACCGGCAACCAGUCUGGCUCGACAACAAUUUCGACGACAACCACCUCUGAAGAAUCCAAUACUUCCUCAGACCCAGUUGUUGAAGCAUCUUCAAACACCAUUGUUGAUUCCGGAAACCAAUCUGGAUCGAAAACAACCACAAAAACAAGUACCUCCGAACAAUCCAAUACUUCCUCUGACCCACUUGCUGAAGAAUCUUCAAACACCACUGUUGAUUCAGGUAACCAGUCUGGCUCGACAACAACCACAACGACAACCACCUCUGAAGAAUCCAAUGCUUCUUCGGAUCCUGUUGUGGAUGUAACUUCAAACACCGGAAACCAGUCUGGCACGACAACAACUUCGACGACAACCACCUCCGAAGAAUCCAAUACUUCCUCAGACCCAGUUGUUGAAGAAUCUUCAAAUACCGCCGUUGAUUCAGGUAACCAGUCUGGCUCGACAACAACCACAACGACAACCACCUCUGAAGAAUCCAAUGCUUCCUCGGAUCCUGUUGCGGAUGUAACUUCAAACACCGGAAACCAGUCUGGCUCGACAACAACUUCGACGACAAUCACCUCCGAAGAAUCCAAUGCUUCCUCAGACCCAGUUUUUGAAGAAUCUUCAAAUACCGCCGUUGAUUCAGGUAACCAGUCUGGCUCGACAACAACCACAACGACAACCACCUCUGAAGAAUCCAAUGCUUCCUCGGAUCCUGUUGUGGAUGUAACUUCAAACACCGGAAACCAGUCUGGCUCGACAACUACUACCACGACAACCACCUCCGAAGAAUCCAAUGCUUCCUCAGACCCAGUUGUUGAAGAAUCUUCAAAUACCGCCGUUGAUUCAGGUAACCAGUCUGGCUCGACAACAACCACAACGACAACCACCUCUGAAGAAUCCAAUGCUUCCUCGGAUCCUGUUGUGGAUGUAACUUCAAACACCGCAAACCAGUCUGGCUCACAGUCUGGCUCGACAACUACUACCACGACAACUACCUCCGAAGAAUCCAAUGCUUCCUCAGACCCAGUUGUUGAAGAAUCUGCAAACACCAUUGUUGAUUCCGGAAACCAAUCUGGCUCGACAACAACCACAACGACAACCACCUCUGAAGAAUCCAAUGCUUCCUCAGACCCAGUUGUUGAAGAAUCUUCAAAUACCGCCGUUGAUUCAGGUAACCAGUCUGGCUCGACAACAACCACAACGACAACCACCUCUGAAGAAUCCAAUGCUUCCUCGGAUCCUGUUGUGGAUGUAACUUCAAACACCGGAAACCAGUCUGGCUCGACAACUACUACCACGACAACCACCUCCGAAGAAUCCAAUGCUUCCUCAGACCCAGUUGUUGAAGAAUCUUCAAAUACCGCCGCUGAUUCAGGUAACCAGUCUGGCUCGACAACAACCACAACGACAACCACCUCUGAAGAAUCCAAUGCUUCCUCGGAUCCUGUUGUGGAUGUAACUUCAAACACCGCAAACCAAUCUGGCUCGACAACAACUUCGACGACAACCACCUCCGAAGAAUCAAAUGCUUCCUCAGACCCAGUUGUUGAAGAAUCUUCAAAUACCGCCGUUGAUUCAGGUAACCAAUCUGGCUCGACAACAACCACAACGACAACCACCUCUGAAGAAUCCAAUGCUUCUUCGGAUCCUGUUGUGGAUGUAACUUCAAACACCGCAAACCAGUCUGGCUCGACAACAACUUCGACGACAACCACUUCCGAAGAAUCCAAUGCUUCCUCAGACCCAGUUGUUGAAGAAUCUUCAAAUACCGCCGUUGAUUCAGGUAACCAGUCUGGCUCGACAACAAUCACAACGACAACCACCUCUGAAGAAUCCAAUGCUUCCUCGGAUCCUGUUGCGGAUGUAACUUCAAACACCGGAAACCAGUCUGGCUCGACAACAACUUCGACGACAAUCACCUCCGAAGAAUCAAAUGCUUCCUCAGACCCAGUUGUUGAAGAAUCUUCAAAUACCGCCGUUGAUUCAGGUAACCAGUCUGGCUCGACAACAACCACAACGACAACCACCUCUGAAGAAUCCAAUGCUUCUUCGGAUCCUGUCGUGUAUGUAACUUCAAACACCGGAAACCAGUCUGGUUCGACAACAACUUCGACGACAACCACCUCUGAAGAAUCGAAUUCUGGCUCGACAACAACUUCGACGACAACCACCUCCGAAGAAUCAAAUGCUUCCUCAGACCCAGUUGUUGAAGAAUCUUCAAAUACCGCCGUUGAUUCAGGUAACCAGUCUGGCUCGACAACAACCACAACGACAACCACCUCUGAAGAAUCCAAUGCUUCCUCGGAUCCUGUUGCGGAUGUAACUUCAAACACCGGAAACCAGUCUGGCUCGACAACAACUUCGACGACAACCACCUCCGAAGAAUCCAAUGCUUCCUCAGAACCAGUUUUUGAAGAAUCUUCAAAUACCGCCGUUGAUUCAGGUAACCAGUCUGGCUCGACAACAACCACAACGACAACCACCUCUGAAGAAUCCAAUGCUUCCUCGGAUCCUGUUGUGGAUGUAACUUCAAACACCGGAAACCAGUCUGGCUCGACAACAACUUCGACGACAACCACCUCCGAAGAAUCAAAUGCUUCCUCAGACCCAGUUGUUGAAGAAUCUUCAAAUACCGCCGUUGAUUCAGGUAACCAGUCUGGCUCGACAACAACCACAACGACAACCACCUCUGAAGAAUCCAAUGCUUCUUCGGAUCCUGUCGUGGAUGUAACUUCAAACACCGGAAACCAGUCUGGCUCGACAACAACUUCGACGACAACCACCUCUGAAGAAUCGAAUGUGUCCUCAGGCCCAGUUGUUGAAGAAUCUUCAAAUACCGCCGUUGAUUCAGGUAACCAGUCUGGCUCGACAACAACCACAACGACAACCACCUCUGAAGAAUCCAAUGCUUCCUCGGAUCCUGUUGUGGAUGUAACUUCAAACACCGGAAACCAGUCUGGCUCGACAACUACUACCACGACAACCACCUCCGAAGAAUCCAAUGCUUCCUCAGACCCAGUUGUUGAAGAAUCUUCAAAUACCGCCGCUGAUUCAGGUAACCAGUCUGGCUCGACAACAACCACAACGACAACCACCUCUGAAGAAUCCAAUGCUUCCUCGGAUCCUGUUGCGGAUGUAACUUCAAACACCGGAAACCAGUCUGGCUCGACAACAACUUCGACGACAACCACCUCCGAAGAAUCCAAUGCUUCCUCAGACCCAGUUUUUGAAGAAUCUUCAAAUACCGCCGUUGAUUCAGGUAACCAGUCUGGCUCGACAACAACCACAACGACAACCACCUCUGAAGAAUCCAAUGCUUCCUCGGAUCCUGUUGUGGAUGUAACUUCAAACACCGGAAACCAGUCUGGCUCGACAACAACUUCGACGACAACCACCUCCGAAGAAUCAAAUGCUUCCUCAGACCCAGUUGUUGAAGAAUCUUCAAAUACCGCCGUUGAUUCAGGUAACCAGUCUGGCUCGACAACAACCACAACGACAACCACCUCUGAAGAAUCCAAUGCUUCCUCGGAUCCUGUUGCGGAUGUAACUUCAAACACCGGAAACCAGUCUGGCUCGACAACAACUUCGACGACAACCACCUCCGAAGAAUCCAAUGCUUCCUCAGAACCAGUUUUUGAAGAAUCUUCAAAUACCGCCGUUGAUUCAGGUAACCAGUCUGGCUCGACAACAACCACAACGACAACCACCUCUGAAGAAUCCAAUGCUUCCUCGGAUCCUGUUGUGGAUGUAACUUCAAACACCGGAAACCAGUCUGGCUCGACAACUACUACCACGACAACCACCUCCGAAGAAUCAAAUGCUUCCUCAGACCCAGUUGUUGAAGAAUCUUCAAAUACCGCCGCUGAUUCAGGUAACCAGUCUGGCUCGACAACAACCACAACGACAACCACCUCUGAAGAAUCCAAUGCUUCCUCGGAUCCUGUUGCGGAUGUAACUUCAAACACCGGAAACCAGUCUGGCUCGACAACAACUUCGACGACAACCACCUCUGAAGAAUCCAAUACUUCCUCAGACCCAGUUGUUGAAGAAUCUUCAAACACCAUUGUUGAUUCCGGAAACCAAUCUGGCUCGACAACAACCACAACAACAAGUACCUCCGAACAAUCCAAUACUUCCUCAGACCCACUUGCUGAAGAAUCUUCAAACACCACUGUUGAUUCGGGUAACCAGUCUGGCUCAACAACAACCACAACGACAACCACCUCUGAAGAAUCCAAUGCUUCCUUGGAUGUAACUUCAAACACCGGAAACCAUUCUGGCUCGACAACUACUACCACGACAACCACCUCCGAAGAAUCCAACGCUUCCUCAGACCCAGUUGUUGACGAAUCUUUAAACACCAUUUUUGAUUCCGGAAACCAAUCUGGCUCGACAAAAACCACAACGACAACCACCUCUGAAGAAUCCAAUGCUUCCGCGGAGCCUGUUGUGGAUGUAACUUCAAACAACGGAAACCAUUCUGGCUCGACAACUACUACCACGACAACCACCUCCGAAGAAUCAAAUGGUUCCUCAGACCCAGUUGUUGAAGAAUCUUCAAAUACCGCCGUUGAUUCAGGUAACCAGUCUGGCUCGACAACAACCACAACGACAACCACCUCUGAAGAAUCCAAUGCUUCCUCGGAUCCUGUUGUGGAUGUAACUUCAAACACCGGAAACCAGUCUGGCUCGACAACAACUUCGACGACAACCACCUCCGAAGAAUCAAAUGCUUCCUCAGACCCAGUUGUUGAAGAAUCUUCAAACACCACUGUUGAUUCUGGAAACCAAUCUGGCUCGACAACAACCACAACAACAACUACUUCGGGACAAUCUAAUGCUUCCUCAGACCCAGUUGUUGAAGAAUCUUCAAAUACUGCCGUUAAUUCCGGAAACCAAUCUGGCUCGACAACAACAACCUCCGAACAAUCUAAUGCGUCCUCAGCGCCUGUUUCGGAAGUAACCUCAAACAACGGCCAUCAGUCUGGCUCGACAAAAACCACAACGACAAUAAUCUCUAAAGAAUCUAAUUCAUCUUCAGAACCAGCUGUGAAAAAAAUAUCAAAUUCUGUUAAUUCCGGCAAAACUCAACAGUCUGGUUCCAAAACUACCUCAACGACAACAACCACUUCCAGUUCAGGUAGCAUUGUUGGCGGCCACUCGCAACCAUCUAACAUUGACUCAGGCUCAACCAUUUCUGGGGGAUCUUCUAGUUCUUCAUCUUCAACCAUAAAAAGAGGCUCUCGUUCUACAACAACUACAACAACUGUUGUUAAAGGAAGACCACAGUCUGGUAAUGAUAAGUCGAGCUCUAGUACCGUUGUAAUUCCAGGUGGUUCUCAGACGUCGAAUACUUGGUCUAGUUCAUCAACUAAGACUACGAGUCCGACUAUCCAAGUGAUUAGAAAUGGCGGCAGCCAUAGUGGUACCAAUACUGGAACUCAUACAUCGCACACUUGGACGAAACAUUCCAGCUCAACCAAUGGCAAUACCUACCAACAAGGUGUUCCCGGUGUUAUUGGUAAGGUGAUUCGGAGGGCUCAAGUAACCCUACCUUAUGAAGCAAAUGCUAGGGAUGCCCGACGUACAGGAACCACAUCGUGGACUCGUCAAACCAGGACUACAACAACAGAUGGAAGUGAUAGCUCGGACUUGAAUACUGGAAACACUGGAGUCAGAUAUAGCUCAGCUGGUACGACUGGAACUCAGUAUGGGGGCAGCGCUUAUCCAUACUGGUGGGGUUCCCAAGGAUGGAUGGCACCAACAUGGGGAUAUCCAUAUGGAUCUGGAUGGGGUGCUGCCGCAUGGAAUGGUCGUUAUUUAACGAAUUAAAUAUCAUUUACGACAACUGUCAUACUUGUAACUUGUGUAACAGUUAUGUACGAUCAGUAUGACAGUUCUGUUCCUUAACGAUUGUAAAAUAUAUAUGCAUACAAUAUA